GCACUCUCGCGCCCCGAAGUUUGAGCGCUGCUAGCAAGACUGGCGCUCGCUUGAAGGAGAAAGUGCAGCCAAUAAAUCAUAAGCCAUCGCCCACCAACGCUGGAAGCCUCCGCGGCGUGUCCAACACAGCCCUCAAAGUGGCCACAGGACAAAGCGCCUCUCAAAGCGCGCGAAGCUGCAAAGAAAUGGCCACCACCCAAACGCAGCAAACGCGCUACUCCUUCCUGGGCCUCCGCCCACGCCAGCGCUCCGACGCGGCCGUCGUCAACGACUGCGUCGACUGCGUCUGCGGCACAAAUAGCGCAACUUUCGAACGAAGCGCCGACGACGGCCGCUGGCGGCUCACGCGAGAGAUCGAGCGCCGCGACCUGAACUGCGCCCGCGCGACGGCCGCCGCCGCCCGGGGCGUGCUGGAACGGGUCGCGCGCGGCGCGGACGCGAUCCAGCUCGCUAGAAGCUUCGCCGGCGCCGUGGCACGCGCGGCCCGUUUAAACGAGGCGGAGCCUUCCGCCGCGGCGGCCGCCCACGCCGUCGCCAAAGCAGCCGCAGAUUACGUCGAGGACGCGGAACGAAUUGUCGUGAAAUGGCGCGACGCGGACCGCGCAACAUUAAUAGCGAUCGACCGGGCCUGGGCGCCCCUGUUCCGGCGGGGCUUGGUGUUGGAGCACAUCAUCACGGAAGCUAGAGGUGGCGGUGCGUCGCUCGACGUGGGCCCGCUCGAGCUAAGCGGCGUCGCGCGGCGCGCCGCGGCUUCCCUAAAAACGGCCUGCCUCGCGCGCGGGUUAAGCGGAGGCGGCGACGCCGAAUCGCUGGCGCGGGCCUUCGCGGCCUGCGCCGAGCCGCUCGCGGCGGCGCGGUGCGUCCUGGGCACGGACGCAGAGGCGCCUCAUGUGGAGAAGCUGUUCUCGACGACGAAAACGGCUCCCGUGAUGCCGGUGGCGCGGGUCCGCGUCGACGCCUGGCGCGCGGACAUCUCUGAUGGGGGCGACCCGUUCUUCGUCGCGUGCGCGGAGCCGGCGAUGCCGCCGCCGCCACCAUUACCAUUGCCGAAGCCACCUCCAAAACCCGCCAAAUCCAUCUACGAGGCGCCGCCGCGAUUCUUGUCCACGAAACCUGUUCAAGAAUGUCGCGAUAUCAGGGACCUCGUGCGCAUCGAGCGAGACGACCAAUUGAGAAAACUGGUCGAGGCGCUCAGCGUUGAAACGGCGGCCGACGAGCGGCGCUUCGUGGAAUCGGGUGGAGAGUACUGGAGCCACGACGCGCCGUCGUCAAAUGCGCCUACACCUUUGGACGUCCGUCCCAAGCCCCCGUCCUCGUUAUACGCGCUGCCCGGUUUUUUGAGAGCAGAUGCUGAAGCUCUAAAAAACAGCAAAUCGGCCUUCGAUGGUUUAGAAGUGGCGGACGCGCUCCAGAAGGCCCAUGGGCGACGCUUCGACGGCGCGCCCUUGAUGGAUGAUAAUGUAGACGCUAUACUAGCAACGUACGGCGGCUCGUUCGACGAGGCCGCGGCGUUCUGCGGCAAGUGCGACCGCGUCUACGAUGCGGUCACGGCGUUCCGCCAAACUUUUGCGCGGUCCCGGAGGAGACGCCCCGCGCGAUCGUUAGACGUGGCGCUCCACGCCUGCGAGUUCGUGGUCCGGACGCUGCGGGACCACUGCCGGAGCUGUUUGGGGGACGCUUUAUUGGAUGCGCGCGUGAGAACGGGCGGCGCGGCGGAUUAUGAAGCGUGUCGCGUCGCACUGCUGCGCUACUUCGCGGCCGAAGACGCUCCUUCAUUAGUCGUCGCGUCGCUGGGCGGGUCGCUGCGGGAAGCCGUGGGCGCGCCGCUCGAGCGCGCCCUGGACGAGGCGGCCGCGGCCUGUUUAGAUGAAUACGACGCGGACGCGCGGCUGGACCACUUUCGCCGCCUCAAACGGUGCGUGGGCGAGGCGCGCGACGCGCUGGGCGCGGCGCUCGUCGCGGACCCGCGGACGCCGGCGCUCCACGCGCUGCGUUUGGCGCUGGACUGGGAGGGGCGCUUCUUUUCCGUCGAAAAGCCCCGCGCGCGGCUCUCGCUUGGAGUAUAAAUCACGACUUAUAUAUAUACGACUUCGCAGCACGACCU